AUGAACCUCAUCCAAUCCUCUGCCCUGAUUGUGGGGUUCAUCCUUACCGCCGUAUUCUCCCAGUCCGUUGCUGCUCAAUUAUUCCCAGACGGCGACUACUACUUUAUAUUCAACUGGCCAUCAUGGCCGGAUCGAUAUCUCACCGGUAGCAGCAAAGACGUUUAUGAACAAUCUGGCAUGGUCGAUGUAACUUUCAAAGCCAGAUCGUAUAGCUGGGAGACUAGCCAACUUCAACGCUGGCGAAUCAAAAACAGGAGCGACGGCACCGUCCACAUCCAGAACGUUAAAACUACACGAUACCUCGGAUCCGGUCAUAAAUUCAAUUGUACCGUUGCCCUUACCGAUAAGACCAACUGUGCCACCUCUCUGCUUAGCACUGGCGAAACAUUUAAAUUUGUUGAACAUUAUUGGAGGAAAGGACGUUACCACCUUCAAAUGACUGGAUAUGGCGGAAAUCUUUGGCAACCUGUUUUAGGGCCUGCAGGGCCCUAUAACAAACCCUUGGAGAUUGCGGUCAUGACACACAGUGCUUACAGUCGUGAUCUGUUUUUUCAAAUCACGAAGGCUUAA